GUGAGUGUGUGAGUGUUUAUGUAUGUGUGUGGGGGGGGGAAUUCACUGGAGAUCAGCUGUCAGAUGACAACUCAGACAGUAAUGACCUACUUCCUCUUGGGGGAGGGGCUUCCAGGCCCUUAGUCAGUUUAGCCAGCCCCCAGGUAUCGGUUGCUGUGUUUAACCACAACACUACACAACACUACACCCUGCCCUGCCAUGCACUGUGCUCCACUCGACCGGUUCUGUCUCGCAACAGGCAGGCCGUGAGAGAUCGAGGCUCUUCUCGCUCUUCAUUAAAACUUUUGGGGAUCACUACUACACAACAGACGUACUCUAUCCUGACCUGGACUGUGCUGAGCUGUGCUUAUAUCUAAAACGAGGAGUUCUUUUACACUUCGGAAAACUGACUUACAACAGACUAACCCCAUCCUGCACAUUGCCGUGCUUCAAUCUAUACAGAGGAGUUCCUUCACACCUUGGGGGGCCCCGCUUGCAACAGGCAGACAGAGAGGGCGUGAGGCUUGGGGUGAAAUUGGCUUGAAUGGAGACGGAUGGUAGUAGUGUGUCUGCAUGGACGUCAAUGGGAUGAUUCAGACAAAGGCUACUACUAUCUUUGUGGUCCAAAGUCUUGUUUUGCUUGGGCUCAUGGAUUUUGUCUCAUCUGUUCCAGUUGUCUACAGGACUUUUGCCAUGAGAAAAAGGAUAAACUGCUGCUGACUUUUUUCCCCCAUCUUCCACAUUUUACUACCCUUGUUUCUGACUCCUUCCACACAUUGCAGCUGUGGUUUCAUGGAUUCUGUGUUCACAUUGAGAGAUGAUUUUUUUCUCAGAGGACAUAGUAACCAGCUGUUUAUUUCUUUCUCCACAGUUAUUUCUCCAAUGCCAUCCCCUUUUUUUCCUUGUGCUUCAUUCACAUACAUAAUGGAGCUUGAUAAUCUUGUUGAGGAUAUCUACAAAUCUUUGUCAUGACGAAAGAAUAACCAACCUUUCAUUUAUCUUUCUUAAGCCUCUAUAUUCUCCCUCUUCAUUCAUAAUGCAAUUUGAUAAUCAAGACACCAAUGGAUUUUUCACAUGAGGCCAAAAUAACCAACCGUUGAAUUCUCCUUCUCAAUCCUCCAUAUUCUCCCCCGCCCCUCUUGCCCCCGUGCAUCAUCCAACACCCAUCCACACCAACACAAUGGAGUUUGACAACCUCGGGGAGGACAACUGCACGGCCGACAACAAGCCCCUCUACGUCUUCUACUCGGCCGUGUUGUCGGGGGAGUUCAUCCUGGCCCUGCCGCUCAACGUGUCCGUCAUCUACCUCUUCAUCUUCAAGCUCAAGUUCUGGAGGAGCAAGAACGCCAACAACAUCUUCCUGUUUAACCUGGUGCUGGCCGACAUCCUGCUGCUCUUCUGCCUGCCGGUGCGGGCCUACAACUUCCAGCUGGGCAAGCGGCGCAGCGAGAGCGAGGUGGUCUUCCGCACCAUGCUCUUCGCGGUCUUCCUCAACCGGGGCGCCAGCAUCGCAUUCCUCACCGUCAUCUCCGUCUACCGCUACUUCCAGGUGGUGCACGCCGGCCGCGAGAGCACGCGCUGCAUCUUCAAGCACCCGGCGGGCAUCGCGGCGGUGGUGUGGCUGCUCCUGUUGCCCCUGACCAUCCCCAUGAUGCUGCGGCCGCUCCGCAACAGCCUGUGCAGCGACGAGGACAACGUGGUGGACGCCUUCCGCGAGAUGGUCUUCUUCACCCAGAACCUGCUGCCCUUCCUGGUGCUGGUCUUCUGCACCGUGGGCAUCCACGCCCGGCUGCGGCGCACGCGGGUCGGCGACCGCACCAAGCUCCGGCGGGCCCAGUUCCUGGUCAUCACUGUCAUGGCAGUCUUCUCCAUCUGCUUCCUGCCGUGCACGAUAUCGCGCAUGGUGCUGCUGGUGGUGAGCCGGGGCGCCGAGUACUCGCAGCGGGACAAGGACGCGGCGCUGCAGGUGUACGACGGCCUCAAGUGCCUGGCCUACCUGGACCUGCUGCUGGACCCCAUCGUCUACUGCCUGAGCAGCACCAAGUUCAAGACGCUCUACGUGGAAACGUACCUGCCCUUUCUGAGGGCGAGAGUUGAAAACAAACAGGAGUCUGCAGCGGCGAUGGAAAACAGUGGCGCAGGUGGGGGUGGGGGUCGGAAUGCGGGCUCGGAUGGUGGUGGUGGCGGUGGUGUUAGGAGAGCGAGCCUGGGGCAAGAGCAAGAGCUCAAGGAACAUGAGAUGACAGAGGAGUCGUAGCUGAACGGCUACAUGGGCGGACUUGGCCAUUGCGUGUACUGGCUCUUUCAGUACAGUAACCACAGUAUGAACCAUUUUGACUUUGGUGAAAGAACGUUUGACUUUUAAACAGUUAAACAUGUUUUAGGGUUUAGGAUGUAAUGGUGAGGAGUUUAUUGCCUACGUUGUUAACGUUAAUAACCAACACAUGUAAUAGUCACGGGGGUCAACAGGGGUCAUGAAGGUCAAAUGUACUGUGCUUUGGCUUUGAAGGGCAGGAUAGCCAUGGAUACUGCCAGUGUUAUGGUCUACUACAGGGUAACAAAAAUGUUUAUGCACUCUUAAGUGUCAUUUAAAGAUUAAAUGCCAUUUGAAUGUUGUUUAAAAAAAAAAAAAAAAAAAAACCUAUUUACAUUUUAAAACGUCAAUAAUGCCAUCAAUAGUGCAGAAGUGUUUGUGAUCCACACAUGUCUUGUUUUUGUUUGAUGUUUUCUAAACUUUAGUGAAUGGUGUCGUUUUGUUCUGGUGGCUGUUUGUGGUUGCCUUAAAUGGGCACUUCCUUUGAGUAACUACCCCUCCCCCCACACACUGAGUGCGUUGCAAUAUGCGACCUUGCUUCCUCCACUUGGGCUUGUGGCCUCGUACCAGGAAGUAAUAUGUCAUGAUGACAUCACUGACAACAGCAUUAUUUUCCAAUAUCUCGCAAAACCUCAAUUGUAAAGUCAUUUUCUCAUGUGCAAUUGGGAUGGUGAAUGAAAAACAGUCCCCCAAAAGUUGUUGUGGCCAGGCUGACAGCUGGAAAACUUAAUUGUUUUCUCCAUGGAGGAAAUGCCAGGAGGCGGGGCGAGGCCACAAGCACAAGUGAAGGACGGGAGUGUGCAUAUUGGAAUGCACUCACUAUCUCCUACCCUCAUUGCCAAUGACAACCCAUAUCACCUUCACCACGUUGGCUGUUAGAUAAAAGUAUUGCUAGUGUUUUUCAGGUUUCAAACUAGUUCAUCUGCAUGUAUACUGUAUCACAGACCUAAUUUAACAAAAAAGAAAAAAACAACACAUUAACUGUCAAUAAGAAAUAACGGUAGCUUAGCACUUGAUCACAUUUCCAUCCUAAAUGAUUCGGUAUGUACUUCUGAUUCAAAACUGUAGCUUUGUGUUUUCAACCUCGUGUUUUUUUUGUUAAAAAAAUGACUGUAAAAGGUAUUUAUUUAUGAUAUCUUUGUGCCAUAUAUGUGGACUGAAAGGACAGAGGGCCAUUGGUCUUUCCAUAAUUUGACACUUACAUAUUUCAUGUUUGUAUGUGUACAUGCCAAAAGCUAAAGAAAUAACAACUUUGAUAAACGUUUCACGUUACUUGUUCUUUAAAUGCAUCCCAGAAUAUGUUGAUCUUAUAAAAUUCU